UAAAAUUCAACGACCUACCGGUAAGGUAUAAAGUACAAAAGGCAUACGAAAUAUGGGUUUUACAUUCUAAGAUCUGAAGGGAGGUCGUCAAACUUCGUUGAGGUACACAGGUACCGGAAACAGCACUUGUAUCCGGUACAUCGUACCAGUCCAAACCCCGAAGGCAAGACAGCUCAAAGGAGCUCCAGGAAGAGCUCCAAAACGAGGAUCAAUAUGACUUCAUCAGCACCAGUGACGCCGGCGUCACCAAAGCUCCUCAAAGUCAAGGACCCUCAACCCGGGGUCCCCGUGUUUGGCUGUGAACAUCUCCAACUCCUCCUGAGCUCGGGGCCCGUGGACCGGAUGAGAAAUACGAUCAGUCACUACAAGAACUGCCUGCGUGUGAUCUUUGACAAUACCCCCAUCGUGCCACAGACGUCCAAGACACCCAAGAAUCAGCCAUUCACGACCCUCACACCGAAUUACCUGUGUCUGCAAUGUACGACAACGACGACGGCACAGGAUCGGCUCGCCCAUGGGUCUGAAACCCUGCACCGCUUCUACGUCGAAUCGCGAACCGGUGGGCUGUUCUGCCAAAUGUGUGAUGACUUUGUCUGGGAUCCUACAUUGGAGGAAUUGAGGAUGCGGAAGUUUGGGACGGGUUCAUUUUCUGCCCGUAAACGGAAGCACGACGAACUGUUCACCGAUGCCUCGAAGGAGGACCCUAGAUUCAUCUCGACAAACACAACAGAAGCACCCUGCCGUGCCAGUGGGAUCCGGGGUAUAUAUAACAUGGGGGCGACCUGCUACAUGAACGUCAUCCUCCAAUGCCUGGUGCACAACCCGCUGCUCCGGAAUUUCUACCUGGGGGAUGGGCAUCAGAGCGGAGAAUGCGCCUACAAAAACUGCAUGAGUUGCGCCAUGGACGACAUGUUCCAGGACUUCUACGCCCAGGAGACGACGACGGGAUACUCAGCCUCCAACAUCCUUGCCAGUUUCUGGCUCUCCAAGCGGAAGGCUUACGAGGAGUUGGCGAGUAACAAGGAGCAGGACGCCCAUGAGUUCUUUCAGUUCCUUACGGAAGAACUCCAUGAGAUCAAUGGUGGGGGGAGACCUGAUGAUAGUGAGGAGAACCAGCCCUCGAAGCGUACGAAGACUGCCAAUGACACAGGCUGCAAAUGUAUCGUGCACCAAACGUUCUACGGCAAGUUGAUGAGUACCAUUACAUGUCAGAACUGCGGAGACAUCAACAUAUCCGUUGAGUCGUUUCUGGAUCUGAGCUUGGGACUUGACGUCCUUUCGAAGAAGAAAAAUCUCAAGGCUUCGAAUCUGAGCUUGCAGCGAUGUCUUGACGAGGAAUACAUCAGACCUGAGCGUUGCGAGCAUAUCUGCGAGAGAUGCAGCGCCCACGAAGCCAAGAAGCAGUUGAGCAUCAAGAGCUUGCCGAACGUGCUAUGCAUCCAGCUCAAGCGUUUCAAGCAACAGAACAACGGCCUCGCCUCCAAGAUCGAUACCAAGGUCUCCUUUCCCCUGAAACUCGAGAUGCUGCCCUACACCAAUCGCGCCAGGAGUCACGACACGCGGCAGAACUUCGAACUGGCCCGCUCCUGCACGUACGAUCUCCAGAGCGUCGUCGUACACGUGGGCAAUCUCGAAACGGGCCACUACGUCUCCUAUUCACGCGUCGGGAAUCAGUGGUUCAAAUUCAACGAUCACAACGUCACGCUCGCCUCCAAAUCGCAGGUGCUCAACGAGCAAGCCUUUCUCCUCUUCUACGUCAUCCAGUCUUUGGCAUAGCGGCGGUGUUGUACAAAAGCAUAGCAUUCUGGGGUGGGGUUUUCGGAUUCGGAUUCGGAUUCUAGGCGUUUUUGUUUGAUUUUUCCUCUGCACCAUACGUACAUACAUGUCUGUACUGUAUGUAUGUAACCUGUAACUGCUUACGUCCAUACAACCUAUACCCAAGCUUCCUUCAUUCAAGCUCUCUCUCUCUCUCUCUCUCUCUCACUCACCCCUUGCCAUCCCAUCCCAUCCCAUGACACCACCCUAUCCACAAGCUCACUCCGCCCCAUCCUUCCUUCUCCAUCCCCACAACUCACUCUCAAAAUUCGCAUAGCAGAAAAACUCAUUACUGAGCCCCUUAGCAUGGCGCGGCUCAAACGUAGUCGUCUCGAUACCUGGCCCGCGGUAUAGCGUGUGUACUAGCGUCUCCAU